ACUAGCGGCUGGAUGGCGCGGGGCGGAGCGCGGGGGACGGCGGCCCUGGGCCUGGCGCUGCGGUUGCUGUUGGGCCUCGGCGUAGGCCUGGAGGCCGCCCCGACCCAGUUCCCGAGCCGGACCUCGACCCAGGCCCCAGGCUCGUGCCCUUCUGCCAGCUUCCAGUGCCACACCAAUGGCUUCUGCGUGCCCCUUACUUGGCGCUGCGACGGCGACUGGGACUGCAGUGACGGCAGCGACGAGGAGGAGUGCAGGAUUGAGCCAUGUGCCCAGAACGGGCACUGCCCACCACCCCCUGGCCGUCCCUGCUCCUGCGAUGGCAUCAGUGAUUGCACCGACGAGAAGCUCCGCAACUGCAGCCUCCGGGCCUGCCCAGCGGGCGAGCAGCUUUGCACGCAGGGCGAUACCUGCAUCCCCCACACGUGGCGCUGCGACGGCCACCCGGACUGUCCCGACUCCAGUGACGAGUUUGGCUGUGGACCCAACGAGACCUUCCAGGAAGGGAAUGCCACAACCAUGGGGACUCCUGUGACCCCAGAGAGUGUCACCUCUCUCAGGAAUACAACAGUCUACUCCACUGGGGACCAGUCUGGAAACCCAAGUGCCUAUGGGGUUAUCGUAGCUGCCAUGAUGCUAAGCGUCAGCCUGGUCACCGCCACCCUCCUGGUGUGCCGGCUCCAAGCCCAGGGGCGCCUGCCGCAGUCGGGGCUGUUGGCGGCUGUGAAGGAGUCCCUGCUGCUGUCAGAACGGAAGACCUUGCCGGUCUGAGGACAAGCACUUGUUACCAUGUCACCCCAGUCCUGGGUGCAGCCAAGUCAGGGGGACAGCAGAGAUGGGGACAUGC